GCCCCCGUCCACACCCCGCCAAGGGCAGACAGGGCCUUCCCACGGGCUGCUGAGAGCUUGGCCUGCCUCCGUCUCGCCCUGGCUCCCUCUUGUCCUUGGAGGCCAAAGCAAACGUUCCCCUGCCCCACACCCGAGGCUUUCCAGCACCCCUGAAACCUCAGCCGAGAUGCUGGAGCCCAGCCAUUUACCCUGCUUAUGCGGGACCCGUCGGCUGGUUGCCAGCAGGGGGUGGUCACUGGGCCCUGCACACCAGCAGCGCCGCCCCAGGCCCACAGCUGCCCCUGCAGAGGCACUGGGACCUGCUGCCCUGGGGCUGCCCAAGCCGGGCACCUUGGGCGGCAGCGCCUCCUGAUGACCACUCCCCAUCCGGGCCAGUACGCCGGCUUGUGCCCUCUCCAAAUGCCCCGAGGAGGUGGGGCGGGGGGGCCCAGGGAGGAGCCUCGGAGCUGCAGCUGUGUCUUCUGCACCAGUCCAUGUCCAGUGGGGUCACUUGUCCAGACAGGUGUCGGUGAGGACAGGGGCUGGGGGUGGCCUGACCAAGUUGUAUCUGUAGUUGGCUGAGGCAGGUUGAAAUCCUGAGCUUGGCCUGCCUCCCCUCGGAGCCCUACCUGGGCGCUGGGGGUUGCUAUGAGGCAGACCUGCUCGGCUCUGGGGGUCGGGGGUUGAGGGAACAUCCACCUGGAGGACAGUCAGGGCUACCCCAGGCUCUGGGGGCAGAGAAUCAGCUCUCAGGCCACCUGGUGGGUUAAAUCCUUUACCUAAGAGGGGCUUGGGGAGGACUUCCUAGAGGAGGUGGGCCUCUCAUCGCUCGCGCACUCUGCAGACACUGCUGAGUGGGCCAGGUGCCGGUCGAGGGGCGUAGCAGCUGUCAGCCCUCCCGGGAGGUGCUGUGUGGCCAGGCAGGGGUGCCCUGUGUCCCCAGGCAAUCUCAGAAGCUUCGGCAGGGAGGCGCUCCCACCAGGAGCUGAGAGCAGGGCCAGGUGCUGACCCAGGACGCCCUGCUGCCUUCUGCCUCUGCACCCCAAGUUCCGACUGCAGGGAGGAGAGAGCCCUGGCCGGCCCACCCCAUCCUGAGCCCUCCCCUCCUUCUAGCUGGGCUUUGGCCCCUCUCUCAGGGUGAGAGGGCAAGCUCUGGACAGGUGAAGGUGCAGGGUGAGGUCACCUGGCCAGAGCCUCAGGGACCCACCCCCCCACCACCACCGCCCCGGCCCCGGCCCUAGGCUUGGCUUCCCUGUCCUGGUCGGCUCAGGCCAGGACUCCCCUGUCCCCAGCAGGCCUGAGGAGGGCCCUCUGUGCCUGGGGAGGUUUUCAGCUUGCACUCUGUGAGCCCUUCCCCCAAGUUCAGCGCCCCCCAGAGCCCUCGCAGCACACUUGCCGGGGGGCAGGGCAGGGGCUCUGUGUGGUUAUCAUAGCCCGGCCAGCAGGUGUGAGGUGGAGGUCUGCCCCCAAGACCUUGGGACUGAGCCUCAGUUGAGUCUGGCGGAGGCCUGAGGAGGGGGCUGGCCAGGCCACUUUGUCCAGGGUCGCACUAGGGGGCCUCCCCAGGCCCCCAGGGCACAAUGGGAGCAUUUGCCCAGGCAGGCAGCGUGGGUUGUGAGCCCCUGCCCAGGACCGCGGGCAGAGAAGGCCUGACGUGUCCUUCCUGGGGAGCACAGGUCAGACCCGGCGCCGAGCCAGCCUGCCUGGAUUCAGAGCCCAGCUUGGCUCCUUGCCUGCAGGGUGGCCUCACCUCUGUCCCUCAGGCUGUUUAUCUGCAGAAUGGGAAUAACAGCAGCGCCAGCCUCCCUCACAAGAAUGCCAUGAGGGUCAAAGCUGAAAACAGACACGCUGCGCUUACAACAGGGGCCGGUGGCCAGUGAGCUCGCAUUCUUAAGACUGUUGUCUUUGCAAGUGUUCUUAACCCAGGGUCACACAGCUGGAGGGCAGACAGGAAAUGGCUGGCUCAUGGGAGGUUCAGUUUGCAGGAGGGAAAACGGGAGGAAGGACCAAAGUGGAACAGGAGGACUUCAGAGAGAAGGUGUUGCCAGAACAGGGUUUGGAGAACAAGUACGAGUUUGCCAGGAAGCCCGAAGGCAAAAUCCAGGCAACCGACUGGGAAGGGAGGGGAGUUACUUGAGUCAGUCUUACAGAGUCCAUACCUUUACUCAGCAAGGCUUCACCAAGGCCUUUUCUGUGGGGUCCUGGGGGUACAGGGAGCACCCCACCGAGCUCCGUGCACAAGGCAGGUCUGGGUGCAGAUGGUCCGGCUGCAGGACGGGUGGGAAUACGCUGUUGUCCAAAUCUCGGCGCGCUGUGCACCGAUGCCGAACAGAAACAUGGAGACAGAGUCACAGAGGAGGAAAGGGUGGCUUUACUUCGCCAGGCAAAGCUAGUGAAACAGGAGGGAGGGGGCAGGGCACACCCUCUGAAAGAAUGGCACAGCCCGAGGACACAACAUAAGCUGAUUAGAGUCGAGUGGGUCCAAGGUGGCAGACAAGUCAACUUCAGCUAGACCCUGAUCCUCUGUCCACUCUCACCAUAACACAUCAGCAAGCAAAACGACACACCCAGAGGCACCAUGGCAGUCCCAAGGCUGACCCUCAGAGACCGAAAAGUGGGCAGUGGCCCAACUGCUGGAGAUCUCCACCGCUUCACCAAAACAGUUGGAACAAUCCUCCCACUCAUUAGCCUGUGAGGAUGAGAUGGCACGAUGGCCUUACCGACUCGAUGGACAUGAGUCUGAGCAAGCUCUGGGAGUUGGUGAUGGAUAGGGAGGCCUGGCAUGCUGCAGUCCAUGGGGCUGCAGAGUCGGACACAACUGAGCGACUGAACAACAUUAGCCUGUGAAAUUACUCAGCUCGUAAAAAACAAAAGUGAAAGUGUUAGUCGCUCAGUCACGUCUGACUCUUGGCGACCCCAAGGACUGUAGCCCGCCAGGCUCCUCUGUCCAUGGGAUUCUCCAGGCAAGAAUACUGGAGUCGGUUGCCAUUUCCUUUGCCAGGGGACCUUCCCAACUCAGGAAAAGCUAACCACACGACACUGCGAGGCUGCUUGCCCUCUGCGUCAGCCCACACUCUGGAGUGUUUCUUUCUGAAUAAAUCCGCUUCUUACUUAUCACUUUGUCUCUUGCUGAAUUCCUUCUGCAAUGAGACAUCAGAGACCUGAGCUUCAUUAGGUCCUGACACCAGGUCUGCAAUCUCAGUUGGCAGACCACGCGUUUUGGCCGAGUUCGAGUCCCAGCCACUUGGGUUCGGGUCUCCAGCAGGGUUUUGGCCAGGUUUACGUUCCCAGCCACGUGGCUUUAAGCCCCAAACUGAGGUCAGCGGUUUCACUAGCACCUCAAGGGCUGUGCCCCCCUCCCUGGUGAGUAGUCAGAGGUUAUAGUCAGGCAGGGGUCUGUGAUAAGGGUCAAGGCAGUAGCAAGUCUUCAUUUCUGCUCCUGCAAGUUUUCCAAAAGGUGGGGUUGCUGAUGAGCUCACAGUAUGUGCAGGGUCUCCGGGGGUCUGUCUCCUGCUCAUCUUGACGGGCCUGUCCUGUCCCUCCUCUGAUCAGCAACCGCUCUGCCCUUCGGAAUGCGGAGCAGGCCACAGAGUCCAGAGUCUUGUCCAUAGGGCAUGGGGGACAAAAAGGCUUCCAUGCCUGGGAGCCCCACAGGGCCCUGCUGUUCAUGGCACCGUCUGCUCCCAGGUACCCUGUGCCUCGAGCCCUGCCCUGGCUCCUCGGCCCAUGACAAGUCACCCAGGCUACCACGUCGCCCAGGCCGGCAGCCAUGCGCCUUGAGGAGGGGAAGAGGCGGAUGGCGACCAAGCCAGGGGUCUGCUACAGCUGUGGGUGCCCAGCCUGGUGGUGGCGGCGUUUGUAUUGUUAAGUGUGCCCCGGGCAUGGCCACGGCCGAGGUACCGGGCUACCUCGUGUCCCCACAGGCUGAGAAGCACCGGCGGGCCCGCAACUGGACGGACGCUGAGAUGCGCGGCCUCAUGCUCGUCUGGGAGGAGUUCUUCGACGAGCUGAAGCAGACCAAGCGCAACGCCAAGGUGUACGAGAAGAUGGCUAGCAAGCUGCUGGAGAUGACGGGAGAGCGCCGGCUGGGCGAGGAGAUCAAGAUCAAGAUCACCAACAUGACCUUCCAGUACAGGAAAUUAAAAUGCAUGACAGAUAGCGAGUCCGUCCCGCCCGACUGGCCCUAUUACCUAGCCAUUGAUAGGAUUCUGGCCAAGGCCCCCGAGCCCUGUGAUGGCAGACUGCCGGACGGCCAGCAGCCGGGGCCCUCCACGUCCCAGACCGAGGCGUCCCUGUCGCCGUCUGCUAAGUCCACCCCUCUGUACUUACCGUAUAACCAGUGCUCCUACGAAGGCCGCUUCCAGGACGACGGCUCCGACAGCUCCUCCAGCUUACUGUCCCUUAAGUUCAGGUCGGAGGAGCGGCCCGUGAAGAAGCGCAAGGGGCAGGGCGGCCACCUGCAGAGGAAGAAGCUGCGGCUGCUGGAGGCCCUGCUGGAGGAGCAGCGCCGGCUGAGCCGCGCCCUGGAGGAGACAUGCCGCGAGGGCUCACGGCUGGGCGUGGAGGGAGGCGACCGGCCUUCCCCCCGAAGACGACGCCGGUGGAGGCGGCUCCGUGGCAGGUGUGCGCGCAGGUGCCCCCUCGCUGGGCCUGCCUUGGCCCCGAGACCCCAGGGGGCCGCACGGCCUCCAGUGGCCUUUUAUCUACCACCCCACCCCCACUCCGGGACAUGGGGCCUCUGGACCCCCAUCGGCAACAGCUCAAUAAAAACGACGAUCCUGCCCAUGCACCCCGCCCUGUGCCAUCUAUCAACUCGGGACAGGUGGGAGAGCCCGCUGACCUCAGGAGCUGACACGUGGACGGGCGGGAACGCAGACUAGCAGCAGGUUGGGAAAGCGCUGGGAGGCAGGGCCGCCUGUAGGCCUCGAGGGCCCGGAGGGGCUGGACACAACAGCUGGGGCGCCUGGGGAGCGGACAGCCACCCCAGGGGGAGAUGCCUUCCCAGGAGGGAGGGGCUGGGAUGGGGUGCAGGGUCUACAGGCCAGAGAGCCUGUCCAGAGCACCCCACCCCCACCCCCAGUUCCUCCUGAGUCACUGGGCCUAGGUGGCCGCCGAAGGGAGGUCCCCAGGGGAGACGAGAGCCGGGCUUCAUUCAGAGUCUCACUCAGGACAUGGCCGGGGUCGCGGCCACUCCAUAGCUCUGAGGGCGCCGUGCAGACAGGGUAGAGGAAACCCUUCCGUGUGACUCUCAGGCAGGCGUCUAGUGAGAAGCGGCAAGUCACGAAGAACAGACGGCUUGGCCGCUGGCUGUGGCUUCACCCUGUAGGGACAGCGAGGUCAUUCACACUCUUGCCCAGAGAAAACCUGGGCGAGAAAACCUGUCUGAGGGCCUGCUUGUUUGCACAGAGCGUCCAUCACGGUCCUCCGUCCCAUGGCCCUGAUUCUCUCUCUGGGUCCGUGUGGCUCUGCCCAGUGGAGGGGAUCUUUCAUGGAAUGUUUGCUUCGCCCGGGACGGGCAAGUCACUGCCCCGAUCAGCAGGGUUGAGGGGACGCGGGGACUGGGGUUAGUGGCAGGUGACUGUCUAGACCCGCUCCCUCUGGUGUUUCGGGGGGAGGGCCCUGCCCAGAGGCCGCUGCAGACCCCCUGGUGUGACAGCCACCAGCACACCAGACCCUCCCGUGACCCUUGAGGGCAGCCAGGCAGUGACCAGGACUCAGCUGGUGUCAGACUCCAGGUCCCCCUGGGGGUGCAGAGGCCAUCCUGAAGCCUGCCCCUGGGAGGGAAGGGCUGGGUGGAGCUGGGCUGGCAGGACGGCCCACCUGGGACCCCCCUGCCCCAUCCCCCGCUAGAGAGCUCGAGCUGUGGACUCUGGACCCUCCUGCCUGGGGCUGGACCGUGCUGCCGGGUGAAGGGGGGUGGUUCCUGGGGUGAGCCAGCUGCCAGGUGCGCCCCGUGGUGCCCGCGCCUGCUUCCCACACCCGCCUGCCGCAGAGGUCAGCCUGGAGGCACCCCGGGUCCAGCGCCGGCGUUUGGGGCUGCCCAGUGAACUUCUAGCUCUUAGACAAGACACCAGUGUGAGAACUCACUGGUUCAACCGACACUGGGCCCUGGCCCAGCAAAACUCGGGCUCUGGUCCGAACCCUGACAGGCACGCAACCCUUCAGGGUGGUGACACCCUGAAACCCCCCGAGAAGGACAGAUGGAGUCCCACAGCAGGGACUUCCCUGUGGUCUGGUGGCUAAGAGUGUGCGCUCCCAAUGCAGGGGGCCCGGUCUUGAUCCCGGGUCAGGGGGCUAGAUCCCACAUGCUGCAACUGAGACACUGUGUGGCCAGAUAAAUAAAAAAUACUUGUU